GGGGCAGUUGAUGCAGCUGUUCAAAGACGGCAAGAUUAAGCCGAAGAUUGACUCUGUGUGGCCUUUUGAACAGGCAGCCAAUGCCAUGUCCCGUAUGCACGAGAGGAAGAACGUGGGCAAGGUGCUGAUGUCCCCGGAGAAAGCUGCUGACGAGAAAGUCGAGGUGGACGACACGAUUGCCGAGGAGCAACAGAAACAGGAGGAAGAGAAAAAGGAAGACAAGAAGGAAGAAAAGAAGGAGGCGGAGGAGGAGAAGAAGGAUGGCGAGGAGAAGCCAGAGGAAAAGAAAGAAGAGGCAGCCGAGGGUGAGGCUAAAGAAGAUGCCGCCGAAGCGCCCGCAGCUGAAGCAGAAAAACCAGCAGAAGAAGCACCCGCCGCGACGGAGGAGAGUAAAUAGAGUCAUAACACUGAAAAUAUUUCAAAAGACUAAAAGUUAUUCACUUGGGGAAAAAUACUACUUCAGACUAUGAAAGAGUUAUCCACGUCGGGACCCAAUCAGAGGCUUAUGUAAUGAUGAAUUCGUGUAUAUGAUGUCACGUCUCUUAUAUGACGUCAUGAAGGCCACAUAUGACGUCAUGAAGACCACAAGUAUAUGACAAAGCAUGUCGUUUUGAAGAAAAAAAAUCAAUGUAUAUGUAUAUCAGUAUCGCUAGUAGUUAGCUCAGUGACUGAGAGAUGAACUAAUGUUGCGCAUCGUUGAAGAUAAUGUGCAUUUCAUCAAAUUUGGUUUAUCAGUAAAUAUGAAAAAGCAAAAAAAAAAAAGAAA